AUGCCCCCUCAAAAGAAAGAACAGCAUCUAGAUCAGGUGGUUGAAGAUAUUGAUGGUGACCAGGACGAGCUCUUUUACACAUGUAUCGAUGAACUUCAAUCUCAAGGCAUCGGUGUAGCCGAUAUCAACAAGCUCAAGUCAGCUGGAGUAUGCACCAUCAGAGGUGCACAAAUGAUGACCAAGAAGACCUUGCUCAAGAUCAAAGGCUUAUCAGAGACCAAGGUGGACAAGAUUAAAGACGCUGCUUCCAAAGCACAGGGUUCUGGUUUCAUAACCGGAUCUGACAUGUCUCGCUUCCGAGAAAAGGUGGUCAAGAUCUCCACCGGCAGCAAGCAAUUCGACUCAUUACUUGGUGGUGGCGUCCAAACAAUGUCAAUCACUGAAGUGUUUGGUGAAUAUCGAACAGGCAAGACUCAGUUGGCGCACACGCUUUGCGUUCAAGUGCAAUUGCCGAUCCAUCAAGGUGGCGCAAACAGCAAAGCAGCCUAUAUUGACACCGAAGGCACCUUUCGUCCGGAUCGAAUCCGUGCUAUUGCCGACCGAUUUGGCGUGGAUCCCGAUAUCACGUUGGACAACAUUGCGGUGGCUCGUGCGUGGAACAGCGAUCAUCAAAUGGAUUUAAUCACAGAAAUUGCCGCCAAAUUUGCCGAAGAGAAAGGGAUUUAUCGCUUGUUGGUGGUCGAUUCAAUCAUUGCCCUCUUUCGUUGUGAUUAUGCUGGUCGUGGUGAAUUGGCAGAGCGUCAACAAAAGCUCAAUCAGAUGCUCAAUCGCUUGACCAAAAUUGCAGAGGAAUACAAUGUGGCAGUUUUCCUCACCAACCAAGUCUCAUCCGAUCCAGGAGGUGGUAUGGUCUUUGUUUCUGAUCCCAAAAAGCCUGUGGGUGGUCACAUUCUGGCUCAUGCAUCUGCCACUCGAUUGUAUUUGCGUAAGGGACGUGGAGAAGAACGAGUUGCCAAGAUCUACGAUUCACCCGACAUGCCCGAAAACGAAUGCUCGUAUACUAUCUCAGGAGGCGGUAUUGCCGAUGUCUUUCUUUAG